AAGGAAAAAGGAAACGUUAAAAUACAUUGACUCCUUUUUGAUAUCAUUAUGUCAGUUCAACCUCUUUCUAUUCUGCUGAUCCUCGCAGCUAUCUUCGGCGAUUUGACCAUCGGUAAUGCCGAAAGGCAAAGCGGUUUAUAUGUGGACAACGGCUUCGAUCAAACGGUGGUUCAUCAUGUAGUAAGCCACCGUGAGAAACGCGACGUGGAGCAUGAGCUCCUAAAUCUGUUGGGACUCCCGGAUCGUCCACGGAACACCAUCGGUAAGACCCCCCAAGUGAAGAGGUCGGCGCCCAAGUUUCUGCUGGAUAUCUACAAGAACGCCCUUGGCGAGGACGAAGAAGAUAAACUCGUGGCGCGUAGUCACAAAGCCGGGGAGUUCGAUCUCAGCGGACAGGAUCUGAGAGCAAUCGAUCAGAGCGAUGUUAUCAUGACUUUUGCGGCUCACAAUCAUCACGUCCCUGGAGUGAGACACGAACGUGGGAAGAGGCUCUGGUUCGAUGUAUCCGAAGUACCAUAUGAAGAAUACAUAAUUGGCGCUGAGCUUAGGUUGUAUCACAGUGCACACACGAAGAUUGAGAAGAGCUAUGGUUCCCACACAAUCACGGCAUACCGAGUAUUGAAUACUAAAGAAGGAAUUCGAGAAUUACAGUACAUCGAUGCCAUAAAUAUUACGGAUAACAAAGAGGGUUGGCUGACAUUGAACAUCAGCAAGGCUUUUGAAUAUUGGGUGAAAGACUCAAACGAAAAUCGAGGACUGUAUCUCUCUGUGCAUCCUGCUGAUCGUUCAGCACACGAAGUGCGACCAGAGGAUGUCGGAAUUAUAGGAUUCCGGGGUGAUCCAGAUAAGCAACCCUUCAUAGUGGGCUAUUUUAAGAGUUCAGGUGUAAGAGAAUCCAAGAUCCGACAGAAGCGCGACGCCAAGAGAAAAAAGAAGAGUGAAGCCACUAGUUGGGAUUAUCAGAAUAACCCUUACACUGAUGCUGGAGCACAGUAUUCACGAACUUGCAAGAUACAAACACUAUAUGUCAGUUUUCGCGAUUUGCAGUGGCAGGAUUGGAUCAUUGCGCCGGAUGGGUAUGAUGCGUAUUAUUGCAGCGGGGAAUGCAAUUUCCCGUUGAACGCUCAUAUGAAUGCAACUAACCACGCAAUAGUUCAAACCCUAGUGCAUUUGGUGAGUCCAGGCAAAGUACCCAAGCCAUGCUGCGCACCCACUAAACUUUCCGCCAUUUCCGUCUUGUAUUUCUUGGACGAGAGCAAUGUUAUCUUGAAGAAAUACAAGAACAUGGUCGUUAAGAGUUGUGGUUGCCAUUAGAUUUUCCUUCCUAGACAGAAUUGAAAAACAGCACUCAUUGAUGCAGAG